GUUAAACCCCUAAACCCCCACUAAACUCCUAUAUAAAGGACUGUAUCGUUACUCAUCCUAACCUCCACACACUACGGUUGGCUCUUUUGCUUUUCGUCUUUCUUUCCAGAGUUUGGUUCUGAGCUACUGGUACCGGUGGUACCGACCGGUACCAUGGCAAUAUCUAUUGGUACCACAGAGCAGUCUCAUAAGUCUCACAGGUCCCGUCGAUCUGGUCACUCCGCCAAGAAAAAGGCCGAAUCCGAUAGCAAAAAGCGCGAAAUUUCGGAGAACCAGAAAAAGCACAAUCAUAAGGCGUUUGCAUUUAGUUCUACGGUGAAAACCAAGCGGUUACAGUCGCGUGCUACUGAAAAAGAGCAGCGUAGUCUUCAUGUCCCAACCAUUGACCGCAACACUGGAGAACCAGCUCCGUAUGUUGUUCUUGUCCACGGCCCUCCCAAGGUGGGGAAGUCACUCCUCAUAAAGUCACUUGUUAAGCAUUACACCAAGCAUAACUUACCCGAAGUCCGAGGCCCCGUUACUAUUGUAUCAGGCAAGCAAAGGCGGCUACAAUUUGUGGAGUGCCCGAAUGAUAUUAAUGCCAUGAUUGAUGCUGCAAAGUUUGCUGAUUUAGCAUUGCUCCUCAUUGAUGGAAGCUAUGGCUUUGAAAUGGAAACCUUUGAGUUUCUUAAUAUCUUGCAAGUUCAUGGAUUCCCUAAGGUUAUGGGAGUUCUUACACAUCUUGAUAAGUUCAAGGAUGUAAAUAAACUUAAAAAAACAAAGCAGCGACUCAAGCAUCGAUUCUGGACUGAAAUAUAUGAUGGAGCUAAGCUAUUUUAUUUAUCUGGUCUUGUUCAUGGAAAGUAUCACAAACGAGAGAUUCAUAAUCUUGCCAGGUUCAUUUCUGUUAUGAAGUUUCACCCGUUGUCUUGGCGAACUUCUCAUCCUUACGUCUUGAUAGAUCGUUUUGAGGAUGUGACACCUCGGGAAAGAGUGCACUUGGAUAAGAAGUGUGACAGGAAUGUCAUUCUGUAUGGUUAUGUGCGAGGCUGCAAUUUGAAGGAAGGAACAAAGGUGCAUAUUGCUGGUGUGGGUGAUUACUAUUUAGCUGGCAUUACAGGAUUAGCUGAUCCUUGCCCUUUACCUGCGGCUGCAAAAAAGAAGGGACUGCGAGACCAGGAGAAGCUAUUAUAUGCACCAAUGUCCGGACGGGGAGAUCUCAUUUAUGAUAAGGAUGCUGUCUACAUAAACAUAAAUGACCACUUCAUGCAGUUCUCUAAUGUGGAUGAUGAACACAGUGGAGUGACAUGGAAAGGAAAGGAUGGUGAUGUGGGUGAGGAACUUGUGAAAUUACUUCAGAACACAAUGUAUCCUGUUGAUAAGAAGUUUGAGGAAUGCUCCAUUGAAGUUUUCAGCAAGAAACCUAACAUCCCAUCAGAAGGUACGAGUGAGGUGGAAUAUGCUCAAGUACCUUUCGAUCAGACUAAAGACGUAGAGCCUGAGGAGCAAUAUCAGUCAGGACUAGUACUUAAAACUUAUGGGUCUGGUGAAGAAAGUGAUGCUGGGGAUCUGGACAGUUUGGGCUCUUCAGAUGAAGAGAAAAAUCUUGGAAAGAAUUUAACUAUUAGAGCUUUUGGUGCUGAGUCUGAUGGGAAAAAUUAUGAUGCAUCCGAGCAGCAGCAUCAUCCUUCAAAAAAUAACUUAGAGGAACAUGUUGAGUUUUACGAGGGAAGGAUGAGGAGAAAAGCUGUCUUAGGAAAUGACAUGGAUCUUGAUGAGUUGAAGUUGUUUGCAUACACCCUUGUGGUUUGUGGUGAAGCAUGUGAUGUUCUUCCUAAAAUUAGAAGCCUUUGGAAAUAUGCGGGGCUUCUUAUUGUUUCAACUGUGAUGUUAAUUUCAAAUCCGUCAAAUAUUGGUGGAGGUGUUGAUUAUGGAAAGAUGGUAGUGACCAAUGAUUAUGGUGAUGGUGACAGUUGGGGUGGUUAUAGUAGACUAUUAUAG